CCGGGCGGAAGUCCCCCCUCCCUGAGGCUGCCGCCCCGCCGCUCGGUGCCCCUCGGCUCCGCCAUGUCGCCGGUGCGGGCGGUGCUGGCGCUGCUGGCCGCCAUGGCGGCUCCGGCCGCCACAUACUUCGUCAGCAUCGACGCGCACGCCGAGGAGUGCUUCCUGGAGCGGGUGCCGUCCGGCACCAAGAUGGGGCUCAUCUUCGAGGUGGCGGAGGGGGGGUUCCUGGACAUCGACGUGGAGAUUACAGGGCCUGAUAAUAAAGGAAUUUAUAAAGGCGACCGAGAGUCCAGUGGAAAAUACACGUUUGCUGCCCACAUGGAUGGAACUUACAAGUUCUGCUUUAGCAACAGAAUGUCCACCAUGACUCCCAAGAUAGUGAUGUUCACUAUUGAUAUUGGGGAAGCUCCCAAGGGGCAAGACAUGGAGACAGAAGGUGGUGGAGAUACCUGGGAUGCUCACCAGAACAAGCUAGAAGAGAUGAUCAAUGAGUUAGCAGUGGCCAUGACAGCUGUAAAGCAUGAACAGGAGUACAUGGAAGUUCGUGAAAGAAUACAUAGAGCAAUUAAUGACAACACAAACAGCAGAGUGGUUCUUUGGUCAUUCUUUGAAGCUCUUGUAUUAGUUGCCAUGACACUGGGACAAAUCUACUACCUGAAGAGGUUUUUUGAAGUCCGAAGGGUUGUUUAAGAGUACUGUUCUGGUGCUGGAUUUCAGUUCACUGUCUACCAAACAUCCUGGUCACAAAAAACAGUCAUUUAGUUUUCUGAACCCUCUUUACUGAACUGUAAAACUUACUGCAUCUGUUCCUUCCUAGUUUAAAAGAAAAAAAAAAAAAAGAAACAAAUUGUUUUUAUAUAUCUUCUGUAGCAAAAGCUGUGCUGAGAUCUUGUCCCUUGGUUGGCAACACUUCUCUCACUCCCACCUGCCUAGUCUGUUUGCUGAGCCAGGUCUGAGCUGCAAACGCUGUAACCAGCUGUAGUAACAAGCAGUGUCAGUGUCUUCUAACUUUUUCCCCCCUCUUUUCAUACUUGGGGUUCUCUCUAGGGAAACGGUACAAGGCCCUGACCUGGCUGGUUGUGUCUUUGACACCUCUAGCCCAGCAGUAGGUGUUACAGAAUCCAAACAAUCCCUUCUUCACGUCCAUAAACUGCCAAGGAGUGACUGGAACUUCAUUCUGGUAGUAAGAAGACAGCUGAGGACUUCAGGUCUAGUGUUCAUCCCUAGCUGCUAUUUAAGAAGAAACUCUUCACUAACUAUGCUAAUUACAUCAAGUUAUUCCCAAAGUUCUUUUAAAUUAAAUAGUUGGGAUGAAAAUGCCUUUUCUCUUCUGGUGACCUUCAUGGUUUUUAGUCUCUCACAGGUUUUCUGUGGCAGCCCCUUGUGUGCAGUGUCUUGGCAAACCAUAGUUCACCCUUUGGCUUCUGCAGCUCCAAAGCUCAGGCUGUUGGUGCUGCUUUAGUGGUCAGGAAGCCCAGAUUCCUGAUGCCAAAGGGUUCAUGAUCCUGGGGGUUAGUGCUAUGCACCCUCGUAUUUAAGUUAAGUGCUCUGCCCUCCCUGACCAUCAUUAGCAUCAUGCUGAGUUCUGGUGUGGUUUCUUUUUUUCAGGCACGUGUAGAUUUGUUUUUUUUGUAUAAAGUUCCUUUCCUCGGUUAUCUGAUGAUUGGUUGAAUCAUUCAAGCAGCAUCUGUUGUGGGUGCUGAGCCAGGAUUAUGUUGUGACUGAUGUAUAUUAGCUGUAAUCAUUUUUGGGGGCAGGGGUGGGGUCUUUUCCAAGGGGGGAGCCUCUCCAAGGAACACACAAACAGUUUUGUACAAUUAAUUUAAAAUUUGUUACAGGUUUUCAUGUUCCAGGUAAAGUUUUUUCAGCCUUGGGCAAACACUUGCAGCAGUUCCUCAGCGAGGUGGCCGCGACACCUUCUUGUGACUGUUGUGUGCCAAUAUUUUUGUGUAAAAACACUUCAAAUUGAAUUCUGAGAUGUACAUUUAAAAAUUGCUUGUGAAUCUAAAGAUGACCCAGGUUCGAGAAAUAAACAAAUUCUUUAAAAAAAAAUAAAAUUAAAAAAAGUA